AUGGCCAUGCCGAAAGCAACGAGGUUCUGCAAUGGAUUGGAUCUCGGGGCCUUCCAGGGAAAGUCCAACCUUGGCUUGGACGCACAGAUGGCUCUGAAGGCCGAUGCGCUGAAGGGUGUCAAGAAGCCCUCGGCGGCCGAGAAGAUUGUCCUCAAGGCCAUGAAGAGCACUGGCCGCAAGUACUCCAAGCACUUCCAGCAGCGCGAGGUCCGCGCUCUGCCGGCGGAUCCUGCCGAUGCCGCGAGAGAGAUGCUGACCAAGGACGAGAUCGUCGCGUACAAGGCGACGCGGAGGCAGCAGCGCAUGCGAAUGGCCACCAACGUCUACUGCGCCUUCAACGUGCUGGAGGCUUUCGUGUCCGUGGUCGGCAUGGGCGACGACAUCAACGCGAUCAUCAGGACCUGUCCUGAGCCUCGUGACGGCGAGUCGGAGCUUGCCUGCCAGGUGAACGGAGCCAUUCUGGUGGCCUGGGUGGCCAACGCGGCUGCCAAGCUUUCCUACGCCGCCACGAACUGCGCCCUCAACCUCAACGUUGAUGCGGUGUCAACCACCAAGAUCAGCGUUCUGGGAGACCAGACGGUGCGGGACGGCCGACGACUGCUCGUCGGACAGGGUCCGGUUGGAAAUGGUGUGCAAUGCGGGGUGGACGUCGGCAUGAUUGUCGCCAACCUCGCCAACAUGGGACUCUCCAUCAACUUCGCGGUGAACAGCGGCCAAUGCGGCGGUGUCAGCCUCAACGGGCCCAUCAACAAGGACGCCAUGGCGAAUCUCAAGGGCCUUCGCCAGGAGUUGGAGGCCAAGCUCGGCUUCAAUGCCUCGGUGCCGACUCUCUACUCCGAGGCGAACUUGGAGCAGAUGGUCCAACUCAUGGACGACGGGGUGGCCGGCGAUGGGGAGACGUCCUCCAUGCGCGGGGCUAUGCAGGAGGAAUGUGAAGAGUAA